AUGGAUUCAGAAAUGAAUGAAAGAAUGAGAGAGAGAGCAGUUACGGAUAUGAAGCUAGCGUUUGAUGCUCUUGACAUUCAAACAGAUGAAGAUAUGGAACUGUUUGUCAAAGCACUGAACAGUGCAGGGAUCAAAUGGCAGAAUGGACAGAUCCAUUGGAACUCUUUUCGCUAUGCUUUCAGUUUGAACACUUUAGAUCAAAGAAAUCAGCAUGCUACAUUGGUGUCUCCUGAUGUUAUGUUACCUAACGCCCGUUUUUUUAUGUUGGAAUCGACAAGAACUGCACCUAUUGUUGUUCAAUCAAUUAAUCAAGGAAGCACACGACGAGACAGAAGAAACAGAACAAGAACCACUGCUGAUGAUUAUGCGACUGAAGAAUCCAUAGCGGAUGAAGACUUUGUUUCUGGUGAGGAACAAAUAAAUGAUGAGGAAGAUGAACUAGAUAGUGAAGAAUAUGAAUAA